AACAGGGGGCACGGCGAUCGCCCCAGCCCUCCUCGACCCCAUCUGGAGAGGGCAGGAAACUUGGGAUGAGCUUGGUCCGGGCGGUGGCGGCGGGGGCUCCCUUUCUGCUGCGGAACGCGCUCGGGUGUCUGCUUCGGGUUCACCAUCGCACAGCCUGCUAGACUCGGAGCGGACGAGGCUACCAGAGACCCUGAGGUUCCAGAGUCUCUAACUUUCCAAACGAGGCUUCCACCCUGAGGCAAAGCGCUGUCCCAGCUUCUUGCGUCUAGCCUCGGUCCUGUAUGGCUCCCACUAUGCUGUGAUGGGCUGAGCCCUUAGGAGACUGGGGCCGCCUGGCGGUGCAGAGCCCCCGCCCCCCGCCCCCAGCGAAGCCAAAACAACCCUAGCUUAUCUCUGAAUAGGAAGAGAAUGGCCAGCUCCUCUCAGGCUCUAGGGAGGGACACAGUGUUUGACUUUACAGUAACAAUCGACAGUGACCCUAGCUGGAAUGGGGUUUAAAGGCCAAGCCAUUUGAGGAAGGAAGACCCUGUGCCUUGGAGCAGCAGCCCCAUGACGGUGCCCAGCCAUGCAAUGUUCCUGGAAGGCUGUCCUCCUCCUUGCCCUGGCCUCCAUUGCCAUCCAGUACACCGCCAUCCGCACAUUCACUGCCAAAUCCUUCCACACUUGCCCUGGGCUGACAGAGACUGGGCUGGCCGAGCGGCCCUGUGAGGAGGGCCCCACCUUCUCCUAUAACCUCUCGAGGAAAACGCACGUCCUCAUCCUGGCCACCACGCGCAGUGGCUCAUCCUUCGUGGGCCAGCUCUUCAACCAGCACAUGGACGUCUUCUACUUGUUUGAGCCUCUCUACCACGUCCAGAACACACUCAUUCCCCGCUUCACCCAGGGCAAGAGCCCCGCAGACCGCAGGGUCAUGCUAGGCGCCAGCCGGGACCUGCUGAGGAGCCUUUAUGACUGUGAUCUCUACUUUCUGGAGAAUUACAUCAAGCCACCUCCAGUCAACCACACCACCGACAGAGUCUUCCGCCGAGGGGCCAGCAGGGUCCUCUGCUCUCGUCCAGUAUGUGACCCUCCAGGGUCCCCUGACCUGAUCCUGGAGGAGGGAGACUGUGUGCGCAAGUGCGGUCUGCUGAACCUGACCUUGGCGGCCGAGGCUUGUCGUGAGCGCAGCCACGUGGCCAUCAAGACUGUGCGGGUACCUGAGGUGAAUGACUUGCGGGCCCUGGUGGAAGACCCAAGGUUGAACCUCAAGGUCAUCCAGCUUGUGCGAGACCCCCGUGGCAUCUUGGCUUCUCGGAGCGAGACCUUCCGGGACACCUACCGACUCUGGCGGCUUUGGUACGGCACAGGGAGGAAGCCCUACAACCUAGAUGUUACGCAGCUGACCACGGUGUGUGAGGAUUUCUCCAGCUCCGUGUCCACUGGCCUCAUGCGGCCAUCCUGGCUCAAGGGCAAGUACAUGCUGGUACGUUAUGAGGACCUGGCCAGAAACCCGAUGAAGAAGACAGAGGAGAUCUACGAAUUUCUGGGCAUCCCCCUGGACAGUCAUGUGGCGCGCUGGAUCCAGAACAAUACGCGGGGUGACCCCACUUUGGGCAAGCACAAAUAUGGGACUGUGCGCAACUCUGCAGCCACCGCUGAGAAGUGGCGCUUCCGCCUCUCCUAUGACAUCGUGGCCUUUGCCCAGAAUGCCUGCCAGCAGGUACUGGCUCAGCUGGGCUACAAGAUGGCCAAUUCGGAGGAGGAGCUGAAGAACCCCGCCAUCAGCCUGGUGGAGGAGCGCGACUUUCGCCCAUUCUUGUGACCUGGGCGUGGUGAGGGUGGGAGGCAGGUGGCGUUGGUUUUGCUGACAUGGACCUUCCAUGGGCUGUUUUUUAACUGUUGCCUUAUCUCUCUCUUCCCUCCCCCACUCUGUGUGUCUUUU